UACAACAUGAGUGAAUGUCCCUUUAAACACACUUUGUAAACACAAGUUUUUGUUGAAAAAAAACGUUCAAUUUAGCUUGUUUUCGAUUGUAUUUCUUGUGUAUAUCAUUAUGCCUUGUAUAGAAGAAUGGUUAUCGAAUCCACUGCUGUUAGUCAACCAGAAAAUCGGUAAGAAUUUAAGUCUUAAAUAUUAAAAUAUACAUUUGAAGUUGACGCGACCAUGUGUAUAGCACACUAGCAAUAAAAUGGUGGCUUAAACCAUCUAUAUUCUAUACGUAAUGAAGUAGUUUUAUAUGGACUUGUGUUGGCUGUUGUUGUUUUUAGGAGUUGAUGACGAGUGUCUGAUACAGCAGGUCAAAGAAUAUUUUUCUGAGAGGGUCAAACACGAUGGUAUAAAUAAAGUAAGGAUAAAUUUAAACCUGAUAAAAUCAAGUAAUUUAUAGAAUUUGAUACUCUGAGUGAGUCUGCACUAGGCUAGCUGAAAAAUCCACAUGAAACAAUAGAAAAUCCCAUUGUUCUCCAUAACAUCCAUUACGUUCCAUUGUAUUUUCACUGUUUUGAAAAUACCACUGUUCCCCAUGCCAUCCAGUGAUUCCCGUCACUUACAUUGUUUUCACAUAAUUGUGACAAUAUUAAAAUGUUUUCAGAUUCAGUCUCUAAAUGACAAAAGUCUUGACCAUGUCAAACCAAAUACUUUGGUGAGAUUUCGAUGUAUGAUUCAAGAUAUGUUUGAACCUGAGUAUUACCUCUCAAGAUAUGAAACCAUCAACACUGAGGAUGGAACCAAGGUAUCACAGUUUACUUCAUUGAUAAUCAUAUAUGUUACUAUGCUAGUUUAGAAUGGGUCAUUCCAGAAAACAUUUAUACCUCCCUCACACAGCAAAUUGGAAGUUAACCCCCUACCCCCUUCAGACAUCCUAAUACACUUACUAUUAUCAGACCCCCCUCCCCUUCGGAUGACAGAAAUUUCAUCUGUGUGGGGAGGAUGAAUCUUUUCUAGAACGACCAGUAUGUGUUCAUCCAUUGAGCUGCAAUGUGCCGUAAUGCUCCCUGUGGCCCUACAUUGACAUUUUACUCUGUCUUAAAGGCCAAAUUCAGAGUUUAUUCUUCAAGGAAGUGCUAAUUGAUUAAUAUUUUAGGAAGCAAAUUUGGGUCUCUAUCGUGAUGUAGCCAGUUGUAAGGUAAUAAUGGUGCAAUGCUAUAAAAAUUUCAAACUUUGUUCCUUUGCUGAGGUUGAGAACGAUUGUAAUAAAUGUAUGAAUCAUUGAAUGAGGUGUACAGAAAAUGCAGUACUGUGAUACUUUUAUAAUACGGCAUUGAAAUUUGUUUUUAAAUUUUAUUUCAAAAGUCUGGAAGUGAGAUAAACAUGAAUUCAUCUCAAGAUGUCACAAGAGAAAGACAAUGUUUUUAUUGCGUCCCAAUUCCUGCUGAAACUACCUGGGCGAAGAAAAUAUCCUUUUAUUUGAAAGUUCACAUAAGGUCUAACAAAAAUAUGGUUCCAGUUUCCAUAAGUCAAAAGAAUUAGGUUGGGUUGGAAAAGAAUAUUUUUUGGAAAUUUUUUUGUCUGAUAUUUUUCUUAAUUAUUCAUAAGCUUAUUCAAAAGCAUCUGGCUCUAUCAAUUGUGAUUCUGGGUCAACAAAUGCAACAACUGCAGGCAGUCUUAAGCGAGGUCUGGAUGAGUUGCAAGAUACUUCAGAUGUUGGUGAAGCUGAGAGCAGCAUGAUGGUAGAGUGUAGCAAUAAUGGAGGUGAAUUUCCAGCAAACCAAUUCACUAUGGUCUGCCUAACACUGGACAUUUUUAACACACUUGUGUUCGUAAGCCCUGGUGUGCCUCUCCUAUAAUCAUCUCUAUCAAUAAUUUUACUGUCCUCUUUAGCAGUCAGUUGACAACAUAAUUCCAUGUGUAGUGGUCAAAUGUAGGUAUAUUUGUUCUCCAAUAUAAGCUGCUGUUGUUUCACUUGUCUUGUCGAUCAGAACUAUACUUGAAAAAGAUUCAAACGUCUGACUUUUGACGUCACAUCACCAGUUGAGCAUAAUUCAGACAGCCACAGUUACUGAUAGGAGAGGUAGGGUAGGGAUCACUUUGCCCAGGCCAUGAAAUUUUUAUGAUCACAAAGAAUAUUGUUUAUGGCUGGGGGCGCCUUGAGAAGGUUUUGCCCUGGGCCCUGCGCAACCUCUCGGCGACUUUGCAAACAGCGGCUCAUUAGAGUUCAUUAGUCAUAAGAGCAGCUCAACACCAGGGUUAAUAGGUUUGCCUGACAAUAUUCAGCAGAAUACAAUUGAGAUGCUAAUUUCAUUACAUCCAUAGAGAGCAGUGAAAAUAAGAAAACAAAAUCGGAAACAAAUCAAGGUAUACUCAUUUACUGUGUAUUGUAAGAAAAAUGAUGUCUUUAUCAAUUUUUGUACAACUAUUGCAUGCGGGGGAUUUCAUUUGAGUAAUGUAUUCAUGAUAUUCUACAGAAACUACCAGAAAUGUUGCGGUUGGAAGCACAGAUUUAAACUUCCCUUUGCCUGAUGAGAAGGGUCCAGCUUGUAUAGUGAAGGUAACUUAUCGUUGGUUGUUUCAGAAGCCAUCUAGAUGUACUGCGUUUAACAUAUUUCCAUGGGAUUCUGUCAUAGCUUGUACUGUUAUAUUCCUUAUAUAGAUAUACGAUGAAUCAGAAACUUACAAAGUUAAUGACGUUGUUGAGUUUGUUGGUAUCUUAAGUGUAGAUCCACAACUUACGCAGUUUCAGAGGUAAAGCCUACUACUAAUUAGGCAAAGCUCUGCAUUAUGGCGCAAUCCUAGACGAAAUUCAGAAAAAAAUUAAAUCCACUAUACUUUUAAACGCAGUGAUACCGUUUCCUCACCACUCGAUGUCAUGGAAGUUGAAGAAGAUAGUCCUCAUUUUCUUCCUUCCUCUGUUGUGCCUCGUAUUCAUGCAGUGAUCAGCUUUAAACUGGAACACUCGAAUCCUUGUCUGCCUUCCGAUUUAUCUGAGAUUGGUACGUCGCAAGCUGUUUUGUAACUUAUUAAACAGUGGUUUGCAUUAACCGACUUUUGAAGUAAACUUCAGUGCUUAGAUCGAAGUCAUUAAAAGUGGUUUACUUCAUGAUAUAAACCCAAACGAUAUGUACCAGCAUAGGUAUGGUACCAAAAACACCAGAUAUUCACACACAUUCUGUAUUGUUGCAGAAAGUCAGUUUUGUGACGUUGCUCAUGUUCGAGAAGUGCUGUUAAAAUUAUUUGAAGAUAUGUUGUACGGGGAUUGUUUUGCCGCUGAAUAUUUGUUAUUUCAUCUUCUCUCAACUGUGUAAGUCGAUAAUUGAACUGAUCCCGCAAAAUCUUGUAUUAUAUUGUGUUUAUCACCAUGCAAGCACUACAACCUGCAGUUAUUAGAGUGAGAAAAUACUGUUAAUUCUUUUAUGUCAUUCUAGAUAUUCUCGUCCUGAUGUUUUGGCUCUGGGAAAAUAUACUCUUAAUCUGAUUGGAUGUUCAAAAGAUGUCGCCAAAGAAAUUUAUCAGAUGGUUGAAUUUCUUAUUCCAAAGGUAACAGAGCCGUAUGCAGGAUUUUUCUACGUACAUCAUUGGGGACUAAUUACUAUCCAUUUAGCGUAUUUGACAUGAAUCUGUUUUAUUUUGUAGUGUUGUAAGUUUCCAAUGACUAUUGACAAUAUGAACAAAUCCAAACUUGUACCAAAGAAAGAUUACAAAACCAACAGACUGAUCUCAGGCAAACUUCAACUCAGUGACAGUAAGUUGGUAACCAAUUUUGUUUUUACCCCGAUAGCUCUAUCGGUUCUAAACUGUUCUCACAAGGAGGACCAUCCUGUACUGAUCCAGUGUUACUACAGGAGGAAACAGGAGCACCCGAGGUAGUGCCAAUAGGGAUACAACUACGUGAAAUGUACAAGGAGAACUUCGACGUUUCGAGCUAAGGCCCUUCGACGGGAAAUUAGCAGCCCAUGGUUUAGUAGGGUUACAUUGAAAAGUACGUGUCACGUUUAGCGAUACUAUAGCAUCCUCUUUUAAAGACCAUUUUUGCUUUGUUUAAAAAUUUUGCAGAUACUCACAUGGUAAUAGAUGAAACAGUUCUAGAGGAAGGACAGCUUGACAAUAAUGGUAAGAAUAGGAUCCAAAUGGAAUUUCCAAGUAAAAAGAAACAAAGUUUUUAAUGAGAAAACGCUUUAAAGUUGUUUUGUCAAUGUGUUUUCAUUCUUGUUAUAGGAGUUCAAAAUAUUGCCGCUAUUAACCACAUAAUGUCAUGGCAGAAACUGCAAUAUGAUUUUGGAUUUUAUAAAACUGAUUUUCUUACGAACGUGGUAGGUUUGGUAGCGUUAAUGCUGAGCUAAUGCUGGUAAAUUAUUGAAACAAAAAGGACAUAAAUAUUCUUUCAUCUUAUUUGCGAUCCACAAAAUAAUAUUUAUCGUAUUUUGUGCGUUCAUUUCCAUAGGUGAUACUUGUGCUCUCCGAAGGAAAGUCUGUGUUACAAGUAAGCAUUUAUCGAUGUAACAACAGCAGCAGCAACAACAACGACAGGAACAACGACAACAACUGCAACAACACCAGCAGUGACAACAGCAACAAUAGCAACGACAACACCAGCAAUGACAACGGCAACAAUAGCAACGACAACACUACCAACAACAACGACAACGACGACAACAACAACAACAACAACAACAACAACAACAACAACAACAGCAACAGCAACAGCAACAACAACACUAACAACACCAACACUAACAACACCAACACUAACAACAACGCCGCCGCCAACAACAACAACAACAACAACAACAGCAACAGCAACAACAACACUAACAACACCAACACUAACAACACCAACACUAACAACAACGCCAACAACAAGAACAACGACAACAACAGCAACAACAACAACAACAACAACAACAACAACACUAACAACAACGCCAACAACAACGACAACAACAACAACAGCAACAGCAACAACAACAACACUAACAACACCAACACUAACAACACCAUCACUAACAACAACUCCAACAACAACAACAGCAACAGCAACAACAACAACGGCAGCAACAACAACAACAACAGCAACAACAACACCAACAACAACAACACUAACAACACCAACACUAACAACACCAACACUAACAACACCAACACUAACAACAACUCCAACAACAACAACAACAACAACAGCAGCAACAGCAACAGCAACAACAACACUAACAACACCAACACUAACAACACCAACACUAACAACAACGCCAGCAACAACAACAACACCAACAACAACACCAAGAACAAUAUCAACAACAACAGCAACCCCAGCAACAACAACACCAACAUCAACAACAAAAAUAAUCUCAUUUUUCCAUCUAGGUAGAUUCUCGUGUACAAAUCAGCGUGAAGAGGCCUCCUGUUUCAUUUGAGAGAGUUCUUCAAAAUUUUGAUGAAAAUUUCGUAGACAAUGUGAGGAAAUACAUUGGUCUAGCACACUUGAUAAAAUAUGAAAUAAGCGAAGAUGUACAAAAGGUUGGUGAUGUAUGCAUCUGUUAUAAUGCUUCUGACGUUUGUGUAUUUUGAACAUAGUUUCCUAUUUUUCGGUAAUCAUAAAUGGGGUUACUAUACUCAGGUUCGAAAAUGCAUGUCUUUCUAACAGGUCUAGUAAGCCAGAACAGUUUAGAACUGAUAUAAUAGAGCUAUCCAGUAUAUAAACUUUUAGUUUGUAUUCAUUUGUAAUCCAUAUAUUUUUUAUGUCUGAUAUAUGACAUAUAUGUUUUUAACAGUUUCAUUUUACCGUCAAAUAAAACCUAACAACGUAAUGUUUCAAUUACUAGUACAUUGAGGACGAUUUUGUACAAAUGAGACAAGCGGACGCCAAUGGAAUUACGGUGGAGAAAUUUCACUCUCUUCUAAGUCUUGUGAGGUACUGUAACUGUAAGUGGUUUCCUGGCUGAGAGAAGCCUCAUUCAAUAAACUGCUCACACCAUUGCUGACAGACGGCUUGAUGUUUUCUACUAAAUUUUCUCUUUAGAUUAAUGGCCCUAAGUCACGGACGAAAACGUCUUCUCAAAGAAGAUUGGAUUCAAACUAAACAGAUGGAAGAAUUACGACAAAAUGGAUUGAGCCGCAGAAGCAACCCGUAAUAUAGGGAUUAUUUAUGUGCUUCUUCUUCAAGAAAUAAAAACUGAUAUUAGCAAAUAAUGUAAUGAUGACAACAUUAUGUUCAUAUUCUUGUUCACUAUAUAGGGCCAAUUCUCUAAGAAAUUAGGCCUCUUAUAUGGCGAAAUAUUUAGAGGGAACACUAAAGUAAGCCACUAGAUUGCUUUCAUAAAAUAUGACAAUGCCGAGUUAUACAAUACUAUUAUAGUAUACUGUAAUGGGCCAUUGC